AUGAGAAAAAUAAUAGGAUUGUAUUUGAUAUUGAUAUCUACAGUUUCUACUCAAGAAUUUACUUUUAUUGAUUAAACAAGUAAGUUGAUAAUAUAAUAUUUAAAGAUUUUUAUCGCAAUUUAGAUCCUGAAACUGAUUUUUAUAGCGAAACAGGUUAUAUAAAAGUCUCAUCGAUCAAUAAUGAUAACAAUCAAUUUUUCUAUCAUUUAUUUUUAAAAGAAGGCACCAUGAGCUUAAAUGAUAUUAAAGAGACUGAUAAUUUUAUUUUAUGGCUGCAUGGUGGACCUGGUUAUUCUUCAUUAAUUCAAAUAUUUCAAAAUGUUGGACCCUUUCAUAUAUAUAAAAAAGCAGAAAAUGACUAUUCAGUAAGGAAAGUAUAAAACACAUGGAAUAAAGUAGCUCAUAUUAUUUUUAUUGAUUAACCUUUUGAGGUUGGAUUGAGCUAUUCCUCACCAAAUAUAAAUGUAGAAAACUCUGAAUAAGCUGCUGCUUACAUAGUUGAAUUUUUUCAAAUAUUCUUUUAGCAAAGACAAUAAUUUUCAUAAACUAAUUUUUAUAUUUUUGGUGUAAGUUAUAGUGGCCAUUAUGUUCCAGCUAUUGGAGUAGCAUUAGUAAAAUCGAAUUUGGAUAUAAAUUUUAAAGGAAUAGCUUUUGGAAAUGGCUGGACAGAUGCUUUCAUAUAAUAUUCAAGCUAUGCGCCGUUUCUAUAUAGCUUGGGAAUCUUUAGUGAACAAAAACUAAGUUAUACCUAAGAAUAAAUGGCAAAGGCGUAAAAUUUUAUUCUUAAUGGAGAAUAUCUUAAGUCAACAUAUGAGGGAUUUUUUGAAAUAUUCACUAUUUUGAACAAAUUCGCAGGUUAGGUGAGUUCUCAUGAUUUUUAGAAGUAUUUGAAUGAAGAACCUACUGAAGAACUAUAUUCAGCAUUUAUAAAUUAAUAUAAAAAAUAAUUUGGUGCCCCUGAUGAAAUAAUAUAUAUAGACUGGAAUAAGAAAAUAAUAAAGAAUUUUGAAGUUGACAUCUCAAAAUCACAGAAAUUCAAUUUAGAAUUACUAUUAAAUCUAGGGAAAAAAGUGUUAAUUUAUUCAGGGUCUAGAGACAUCAUCUGCAAUACUCCAUCUAUGAAUUACAUCAUAAACAAAUUAAAUUGGAAGUAUAUUCAUGAAUGGAAAAAACAGCCAAAACAGAUCUUUAAAUCCCAACGCGAAGGGUUUGACUAGAAUGAAACUGCAGGUACAAUAAAGCAUUAUUAAAAUUUUUAUUUUGCCACUUUAUUUAAUGCUGGACACUUUGCUCAAAAUGAUUUACCAAUAGCCACUUUAAAAAUUGUAACCCACUUCUUAAACGAUGAUCAAAAUUGGGAUUGA